AUGUGUAAUAUUUUUUCGGAAUGUGGGUACACAAUAUCCAACGUAACAUACAUAUUGGAACGACUAGCUUCAUGUUGUGCCCUAACCGCCGUUGUUUCCUGUAUAGUGGCAACACUAACGAUAAUGUUAGGAGUCGGUGUUGGUCUCGGCUAUAACUAUUGCUUUGUGGACAUGAAACUUAAUGAAGUCAAACCGACAACUUCCACAUCCACAUUGGCUCCACGACGAAGAGUUUUCUCUGAAAAUGUACAUUACAAUUCAGAGUUUGUAGAAUUGGAGAGAACACAGAAACCAAAACGUCCAACGAGGUCGAUAAAGAUACAAUCUACCAUUGUUUUAUCUCGAAGGCAUUGGGAUAGCUUACCGUCAUUGAUUUCAAAGUUAAAGAAUCGAAGGAAAAAUUUUACUUUAGAAUUACUAACGUGA